AUGCAAUGGGCAGUCGGGAAGAGCCAGUUUGAAUGGCUUGCGCAGAACAAGCACCGCCAAUCGCUCUUCAACUCGUACAUGUCUAGUCGUCGUCAUGGCAAACCGAGCUGGUUUGACGUGUAUCCCGUCGAGCGAUUGACGAAUGAUGCCGUGGACCACCAGGAGGCUGUUUUCCUCGUCGACGUAGGCGGCAACCAAGGCCAUGAUCUGGUGAAGUUCCAGGACAAGCACGCCGAGGUCCCUGGCCGGCUUGUCCUACAAGAUUUGCCCAAGGUGGUGUCUCGCUGUCCUGGAGGGAGAAUCGAAGGAAUGAGGUACAGCUUUUUGGACCCACAGCCUAUCAAGGGCGCCAGAGCAUACUACUUCCGCGCUAUCUUCCAUGACUGGCCAGACCACAUCUGCCGCAAAAUUUUGGUCAACACCAUUUCUGCCAUGGAUCCUGAGUACUCCCGCAUCAUCAUUUCUGACUUUGUUCUACCGGACACGAACGCCCCGCUCCUGCAGUCAUCGCUGGACAUCCAGAUGAUGAGCAUCGGGUCGGGUGUGGAGCGCUCUGAACGCCAGUGGCGCGAGCUGCUCGACGAAGCGGGAUUGGAAAUCACCGGCAUUUGGAACAGUAACCCGGGGAUGGAGUCUGUGAUUGAAGCUGUACCCAAGCGAAGCCAGCGCUGUUCCAGUCCUUGA